CUUCAAUGCAAUUUGCUACUUGACAGGAGGCGUCAUCUUCAUCAUUGGGUCAGUCCUCUUUCUGCCUAAGUACGAAGAGUAUAUCCAUAUUGGAUCCUGGCUCUUCAUCAUUGGAUCCUUCUUGUACUUGAUUGUGUCUGGUCAUGAUCUCCACAGGCUGAUGCAUGCUUCUGAUCCAAAGACUGUGGACGUGCUGGCAGCCAGCACGUAUUGUGCAGGAGGUCUUGUCUUUAUUGUGGGAAGCUAUCAGUUUCUUCCCUCUGUGGGUGCCUACAGAGCUGGAGCCUACAAUUUCAUUGCUGGAUCUCUGCUCUUCAUCUUUGGAGCAGUCUACAAUGCGAUUCAAAUCUUUGACUCUCCAACACGGGCGUCUGCUCUUUAUGCCAAUCUCACAGCCGUAUGCUACUUGAUUGGGUCGACACUCUUUCUCUCUGGGUCUGUGCCCUACUUGUGGAGCUUUGAAUCAGAGGAAGACGCUCAUCAACUCUAUCACUACCUGGGGAGUCAGUUCAUCCUAGGUUCUGUUCUCUUUCUCAUUGGCGGAUCCUUCAAUUUUUAUCGUGCGCACUUGAUCUUCCAACAUGCUCUCUCUACAUCCAAAGUUGAGUUCCAAAGCAAACAUAUGGAGGCAUUGUCGUCAGAAUACCAUGGAUCCUCUCUUGAAGAAAUGCCGCGAGUAACAGUUUCGUAACAGACUGGCCAGCGCUUGGCAAAGCUGGCUUGGAGGGAACUUCAAGAACAAGAUGAAGGAAGACUUGCGUCCGUCAGGAGGGGAGCUAGAGCUGUGGACAGAGAAACAAUCAGCUGGAUAGUUCGACAAGAGACAUGCGGCUUCAUGCUCGUUUCCAGAUUUGCUUGUGUGGCGACUCAAGAUACCAGUUUAGCUAGAUAGCCUUGAGACAGCGUGUUACUAGCAGGGGCAAUUUUUCAAAUUCUCUCCAAAUACUGCUUCUCUCCAGAUACUACCAAAGGCUACCGGUAAUGGUACGGUAUCGGCUCCUUCUCCUGAGGAUCUAGUUCAAGGCAGGCGAGGAGAGUGGCUGACCUGUCAAACUCGUUCUUGUUGCACAUAUUGGUAAGGCUGAUUAUUUAUUUGGGGUACAGAAUGCAUUGUGUGGACGGCAACGAAUGGGGACCAAACCCAUCGGUAACAAAGCUCUAGAUAUUUAUUAGUAAAUGAAAUUUGACCAAGGUUA